GCGGCACCAGUAUUUCACUUUUAUUAUUGGGCCGAUCUGCUUUCUGGGCUGGUCGUGGAUCUCCGCCGACUACGCGGCGCAAGCAGCGAUUCUAGACUCUAGAGUCGAGUGCAUGGCUUCUCUCUGUGGGAAUUGGGAGCGUCACCAUCAAGGGUGAUAGUUUUUGUGUAGGAAACGCUAAAGAGCAAUUCUUAUUACAGACCACAUCAUUCUGCUUUGUCCUUUGCGGCACUGCACGUACACGAAACGUGUUCAUUCUGUGCUCGUGCUAGGUGUUCAGCUAGCUCCACAUUUUAUCACUGGCGAGUGGUGAAAGCGUCGAACAGGAUCUUGCAAGCCAAGUGUCACAGCGCCCUGACAAAUAAAACAGGGACAACGGAGAACAGUCAGCGUGGGUGGCGUGUAGAUCUACGCGUGUUAUUCUUACGAUCAGCAGCUAGUGCCACGGUGUUGACGUGCUAUGCUCGGUAGCUGCAUGCAGUGACUGCUGCACGUAACGUAACGUCGUUGCACCAAGCGUGACUGACCUCUGCUCCCCCGGCUCGAGCUCGGCUGGGCUGUGCAGUGGUGAAGCAACACUCGUUGCACUUGUGUUCUAUAUUUUGAAGCGAGGACUGCUCUGUGCAGUCUUCACAACACCACUAACAAUCUGGCAUCCGGAGGACACAGUUUGAGCGGUGGUGCUGCCGACCGUAGGACAAGCAGGAUAGGGAUGGAGUUCUUCUGUGGAACGUCGCAUUCGGAGCUCGGCAAGGAGAUAUGCAGGCGCCUGGGUGUUGAUCCGUCACCUUUGAAGUGUCGGUUUGGCGGAGUAGAGGAUGAUUGUGAGAGUACUUGCAAAGAAACUCAUGUUGAGAUUGGCACAUCGGUGCGAGGACGCCGUGUAUUCCUCUUGCAGACCGGGUCCAAAGAUGUAAACAACAGCAUAAUGGAGUUGCUCAUCAUGGCCUACGCCUGCAAGACUGCGUGUGCAGAGAAAAUUAUUGCUGUCAUUCCCUAUCUGCCGUACAGCAAGCAGAGCAAAAUGCGCAAGCGAGGCUCAAUUCCUGCUAAGCUGUUUGCCACGCUACUGAGCCGCGCUGGGGUGACUCAUGUCGUCACCAUGGACCUCCAUACCAAAGAAAUCCAGGGCUUCUUCGACUUCCCUGUGGACAACCUUCGCUCGUCGUCUUUCCUCUGCAAGUAUAUUCAAGAGAUUCCAGAUUAUCACAAUUCAGUGAUCGUUGCAAGAAGACCGGAGUCAACGAAAAGGGCCACAUCCUUUGCUGAGCGUCUCAAGUUGAACAUUGCCGUGAUUCACAUAGAUCAGAGCAAGGAGGCGGAUAUCGAUCGUGAAGACGGCCGCUGUUCUCCACCUAUCUACAUGUUCAAUGAAGACGGCAGCAGUAACACUAACACGCCUAAUAGUAGUAGAGAACGCCGUGUCAACACGGCGAGCAGAAGAACGCGAACAGUGUCCGAGUCAUCGGCAUCAGCAACCGCUGGUGCUGCUGCAGCUCCUGCACCCAUGGGUGAAGAUUUGCGUGGUAUCAAGUUAGUCGGAGAUGUCAGCGGCAGAAUUGCCGUCAUCGUGGAUGAUAGUAUUGAUGAGGUAGCGUCGUUGAUCCGCAUAGCCAAUGUCUUACAUCAUCGUGGUGCAUCGCGUAUCUACGUUGUCGCCACCCAUGGCAUCUUCAUCGGCAAUGCGGCUGAGCUGCUGGAAGAGUCGUGUAUCGACGAGAUUGCGGUGACGAACACCGUACCGCAGGAAGAGUUUGCCAAGACGUGUGCAAAGGUGAAGACCAUCGAUAUCAGCCCUCUGCUGUCCGAGGCAGUGCGCCGCAUUCAGAACGGCGAGAGUAUGUCGUACCUCUUCCGCGACAUCUCCACGUACGACUGAAGUGCCCACACUUGUGCACGGUUGCAUCUGGACACACGCAUAAUGUGUGUUUGUAUGUGGGUACACGUGUACCCACAAGCUACCCUGUCCGAGAAGGGGAGCAGCUAUGUUUACAUACUACUAGUAGUGUACAUAUGAUAGAAGUAUUUUGAAAAAUAAAGUCAUCGUCCUGUGCGCACUGUCGGAUCAGCGGCCUUGCACACUAUCAGGCGAAUGCCGCCGCCGCCGCCCAGUGAUUCUAUAGAGUUUAUUACAACAACGCGGGGUCGCAGUCUAGUCUCUUCUACUCGUCUGUGAACCCUGCACACACGCUCGCUCGCACGCGUGCAGUUAGUUAAUCGUGUACUACUCUAGACUAGCCCUCGCUGGUGUCUUGCCACCAUCACCUCCGCUGCUGCUGCCGCUGCCGGUACUUGUCAGGUCGGCAGCUAUGUGCUGACAGCAUUUUCGGCCGUGCUCAACAUCAUUGCUGUGGAGUUGUGUGUGAGUGGCGGGCAGGCAAGUACGACAUGCGCUGCAGGGUCUUAUCUUGUACAUAGUCUAUGAUUCCAAGUUUUGUUCAACUCCUAUUAUGAUCUAUUUUCUAUAAUAGCUAUCUUUGAUUUCUUGGUGUAGGCAGUUUCUAAAUUGGAAAGUCCACCUAUCUCUGUGCCCGUCCUUGUUCUAGUGCGCUUCUCUCUGUGUCCUCUUCUAUGCUUGUAAGAGGUACCACUGUUCUGCUGUUGGUCAGUUUCACUUUCCCACCCAGUUUAAUUCCAUCCCCCCUUGACUCUGUCUCUCGAUCGACCUUUUUGAUCUCUUUUUCUUUUCACCUGGCUGCGGACAAGCUGACUAUUGACAUCAUGUCAACUUCAGUACUCGUACCGACAGCAACAUCAUUACAGUCAUUACAUUGUAAUGAUGUUGCUGUCGGUAUUGUGUUUAGCCAUGUUCGAACCAUGCUUGUCCAUACUGCCUACCUGCCUUCUCUGUACAUACUACCUGUUGGUAAUGCUUUCUAUGUUUUUUCAUAAUUAUAUGAGCACCCCUUUCUUAGUCACA